AUGGGGCCCCUUGCGACCCCUCUGCGGCCCCUCUACGACCCCGUUGCCGCCAUCUGCGGCCCCGUCGCCGUCACCUACACCCCCAUUGCUGCCACCUGCGGCCCCGUCGCUGUCACCUACGGCCCUGUCGCCGCCACCUAUGGCCCCGUCGCCGACAACUCCGGCCCCGUCCCCGCCACCUACGGCCCCGUCGCCGCCACCUGUGGCCCUGUCACCACCAACUGCGGCCACGCAGCCGCCACAUGCGGCCCCGCUGCUACCUGCGACCCCGUCGCCGCUACCUGCGGCCCCAUCGCCGCCACCUGCGGCCCCAUCGCCGUCACCUGCGGCCCCGUCGCCCUCCCCUAG